AGGAAAGCCCGGCCGGCGAGCCACACAAAAUUCCUAGCCUCCUGCUGCGGUCGUCGUCGAGUCCUUCCUUCUUCCCCGCGGAGGACGGAGCAGAGCAGAGCGACGCAGCGAGCACAGCCGCCAUGGACCGCGUGCAGCUCGUGCUCCUGGGCCUCCCCAUCCUCCUCUUCUGCUCCGACGUCGUCACGCUCUUCGCGCCGCAGCCGCCGGCGGCCCCCAAGCCCCACCGCCAUCCCCAGGCGGCCUCCGGCGCCUUCCAGCCUGGCGACUCCUCCCCCGACGCCGCCGAUUCCGCGCAGUUGACGGAGGCGCAGGUGGAUGGACCAGGCUCCGGCACCACCGUCGAGCUGAAGUUCUGCGCAUCCUGCUCCUACAAGGGAAAUGCGAUGACCAUGAAGCGCAUGCUGGAUACCUCAUUUCCUGGGAUUCAUGUCGUCUUGGAAAACUACCCUCCACCCUUCCCAAAACGCGCCCUCGGCAAAAUGGUGCCUUUUGUUCAAGUUGGAGCGAUAGCAACAUUAAUGGCUGGUGAUCAGAUUUUCCCUAGAUUUGGAAUGGUACCACCUCCGUGGUACUAUUCACUGCGUGCUAAUAGGUUUGGAACCAUGGCAUCAGUGUGGAUGUUUGGCAAUUUUGCUCAGUCUCUUCUACAAAGUUCUGGCGCCUUUGAAGUUUACUGCAAUGGACAACUGGUCUUCUCAAAAUUAUCUGAGCAGAGGUUUCCUAGUGAGUUCGAGCUACGGGAGCUCAUUGGCAACAGAUUGUCAGAUUCUCAAAUUGGGAAAAAUCUGGAAAAAGAUCUUGUAUUAGACGAUGAUGUCGAGAGCACCCACGACCAUUUAUCUGUAUCCACAUAGACAGAACCAGUUGAAAGUUCCACGUUUAACGGUCAAAUCACAUGCCUAUGUCUUUGAUCUUUUUUUGGACACAUGACCUUUUCUGUUUGUAAAUAACAUUUUAGGGUGUUUUACCAUGAUAUGACUGUAAGACUAUUACAGAUUAUUGUAGCUACAUGAUUUGCUUAAAAGUGGAAACUAAUUUCAGCUCC